AUGUCAGGAGAAAAAACUAUUUCUGAAAAGUUAAUUGUUGAAGCUCCUGUUAUUUCUUGGAAUAGUGCUGCGGUAUCUUGGCGAAAUCUUCCCAUACUAUCAGCUACGAUAACUCAACUGGGUCCUAAUUUAUUAUCAACAGAUGUUAACUAUUUGAACAUAACCGUAGAGAAUAUCUACAAUCUUCCCCCGUCAUUUACCAACUCCUUAGAGUAUAAGUGUGGCACUAUUAUUUAUGUCGAUGGUGAAAUAACUAAAGAUGUGAUAUUUGAAAAUGGAAAAUGGAAGAAAUUCCAUGACGUUGAAGGAAAGAAACAGUGGAGAACAUUAAGUAACUUGGAAAGUAGAGCGAAAUUUACAAAAUACGAUAUUAAUCCCAAUUAUGACGAUGUGCAAAAUAAAAGUGGAAUAGACUUACAGAAAAUCGUAAAUGCAGAUGUUCCUAGAGUGGAAUGGAAUUAUGUUGACCGUCACUUAAUAAGAACAACAGGCGUUCAUGCUAUGCAACAACAUAUUGAAAAAUACAGAUACUGGCCCUUUGAAAUAAUGGUCCGUGAUAAAAAUUUUGAAGACGGAAAAGAAAAAUCAGAAAAUAGAAACGAACAGCUUUAUCAAUGUUACGUUGACUUAACCCAACUUCUUUAUCCUGAAAAAACACGAGUUCGAGCAAUUGCUGAAUUAUUUACGCAUAACGUCUCUGAGAUGCGGCGAAAAACAGGUUUUAACCGAAACAUUUUUCCAACGGAUUCGCAAGAAAUGGUGAUGGAUGAAUAUAAUGAGGAUGUGGAAUUUAUUUUGAAAUCGAAUACCAGUAGCACUCAAAAUUUAGAAAUACCAAAUAAUGACAAAAACUCAAGUUUCCCAUUAACAAACGAAAAUGGUGAAUCGACGUUCAUUGUGAUCGAAUUUGAAUUACAUGAACCCUUUAAAAAAUCAUGUUCCAUUGAAGAUUAUUCAAAAGAAAUAUUGGAAUUAAUUCAAAACAAAAGACCUCUUCGUCCUCAUAUUUUAACGAGUCAUUUAGCGGAGGAUCAAUUUUCGGAUUGUAUUAAACAACUCGUUGAAAUAAUAACGGAAAGAUAUCAGGACGAUCUUCAAUGUUUUGUACAACAUCUACACAAUGCUGGAGAAUACACUGACAUUCGGAAUACAUUAAAGAAUAAAAUUGUUACUCUACUGGAUCAAAAAUUCCCCAGUGAUAUGUACAGUUGGGACACAAAGGAAAGUCAAAUAUUGGCAAAUAACACAAAAGAUCCAAAUGCUUGGAUUAAUUAUGCUAUUUUUUUGAAAAAAAAUUCGGAAACCGAGAGAGCACUUGAAUGUUCGAAGGAAGCAAUCGCUUUGAAUAAUCAACACAAAAUAGGACUAUUAAUGUGCGGUUUGAUUCUCGUAUCACUACAAAAAUAUCGAGAGGCAAAAGUAUUUUUAGAAUCACUUACUGCAUUUCAUCCCCUAUUUGCCGAGGGUUGGAUUAUUUUACAUUUAUUUUAUCAACAAAUUGAAUAUCAUCCUGGUUUGGAUGUAACUCUCAAAACUGCAGAAAAAUGUUUUAAAGACAAGAAACGAGACAAUGAAAUUUCAUUGCCAUUUUUUAAUCAACCCUUAACUUGGUCAAUGAGUUUUUGUAAAGAAAAUGAUCCUUACAUUGUUACCGCAACAAUGCUCUUGAAAUUGAAUCUCUAUGAAUUCGCAGGUUUGGCUUUAUCUCAAGAAUUAUCAUUAAACGGAAGAUCAAUUCCCUUUUUAUAUUAUUUAAGUGUCAAUUACUUUUUACAAAAUCAACACGAAAGCGCGAUUUCACAUUUAAAAGAAAUUGAAAGCAGUUAUGGUUCGGAUUUUUCAACAAGCUCGUUGACCGGUCACUGUCUCUACAAAUCAGGCAAAAUUGAAGACGCUCUAAACAAUUACGAAUACGCUAAUGUUACAUUUAAUCGACCAAAUAAUAUACACUUUGUUCAUUUACUAAUGGGAUCUUGUUAUGUAAAAAAGGAAAAUUACGAUUUGGCGAGAAAAAUUUUUUUACAAUUGUGUAAAAUUUCUCCCACUUGUGAAACAUGGCUCGGCUUGGGAAUUGCAUUAUAUCACAAAAAUCAAUUAAAGGAGGCCGAGAUGGCUUUUAACGAGGCGAAUCAAAUAAAUUCACGUCAUGCAGUCGUUUGGGGUUAUUUGUGCCUUUUAAAUAUUUCUCUUCAUCGUUAUGACGAAUUCUCUCAAUGUUACACACAAGCUUCUAAGAAUAAUCUUAAAAAUAGUAAAUUAUGGCAGACUAUAGAAAACGCUAUGGAAAAAGUAGGUUAUUUGUCACCAAUAUAAUCACUAAAAUCGCAGAAAACAAAAAUAGCACAUAAUAAGAAAUUUUUAUUCUUUAACAAAAAAAUUCUAUUCCUUCUGAAUGUUUCAAAUUUUAUAUUUUCAUCUUAUAAAUAUAAGUAUUAAAUUGACAGAAGUUAAAUUUAUUUUUUUUUUUAAUAAUUUUAAUUCACGAAAAAUCAUGAAAAUUUUGAGUAUAUUAUCAAUUUUUUUUUUAAAUUGUCAUUUUGCCAAUAAUUUCAAUAUUAAUAUCGAACGAGAAAAAAUUAUUCUAAAAAUAUUUUAUCACAACUACAAUAUCAUAUAACAAUAAAUAUGUUAACUCUUUAACUUUGUAAAAAGUUAUUCAAAAAGCUUUCAAGAAAUUUUUCAAUGUGAAUAGAAAAUAUGAAAAAUCAAUUCUAAACAAAGGAAAAAUAAUAUUAGUUAUACAUUUGGCAUUUGGGUUUGGUAUUAGGAAAAAUCUAUUUUUUUUAUGACAAAAAUUUCUGUUGUUAAUUUAAAAUCAUAUGUUUGUUCACGAUAUACAAAUAAUUUAAUUUUUCGGAUAUUAUCUUUUUGCAAUAUAAAUAAUAUGUAUAUAAAAAAAACAUUUUUUUUCGUAGACGUUGAAAUUGAAAAGAAAGGGAACUGUACAAAUACAACGUACUUUUUUCUUCUAAUUUCCUGUCAAAAAAUAAUUCGCUUUUUUUCUAAAUACUUAUUUUUAACUAUAGAAAGUUCUCUUUUGUGUUAUAUAUUAAUGAGCCAAAUGUUAGUUAUAAGAAUAUUAUUCUAUUAUUAAAUUGAAAUGGAUAUUACUCAUUUCCAUAUUAAUAUAUAUCACGAUGCAUUAAAGACAGUUUAUCAAUGCAUUUUAUAAUUUAUUGAAAAAAUUGUUUUCUUUACAGACGAUAAAAAGAAGUUGAUUAAUAAAUUAAUAAUUUUUUUAUUAAAAAUAAUUAAAUAAUUAAAAAAUAAUUUAUUAAUUACUGAUGUUAUAAUAAUUAUAAUAAUUUAAUAAUAUUAUAAUGUUCUGAUGCAGUUUAUUAAUGCAUGAACUUAAACAAAUCUAAUUUUGUUCCAAUAGGCCGAAUAAAUACUGUUAUUGCAUCCGAUUACCGGAAUAAUUUUUUUUUCUUCAAUUUUUUAUCAUCUGUAAAUAUAUUUUUUUUAUUUCGCAAUUACAAACUUUUUCUAUCUCUUUUAAUAAUAUGGCUUCGAUGACUAUCGAAUAUUACAUGAAAACAUAAAAUUUCAGUAAAAGAUUUUUCUUUUCAAUUUAUUUUAUAACUUGAAAGAGAUAUACCUAUCGAUAAUAUAUUUUUUUUCUUUUAUAUUCUACAAUUAUAACUAGAUUAGCAAUAAUUAUUAUUAACUUUAAGGGUGUUGAACCCAUUGACAAAUUCUUAAAUAAUAAUAAUAAUAAUAAAAAAAACGUAACAAUAGUCUCAAUUAUUUA